AUGCUUCUACGCUUCUUACACCAUCCGUCUAAGGUUUCAACCCUUUCCAUUCGAUGGCUCCAGUCUGCAGCCAUAAAGGAUCCAUUUCUCCUUACUGAUCAGUUUGCUGCGUUGAAGCCCAAUUAUACACCCACCAAACACCCGAUCGUGCUAUGCCACGGACUUUCUGGAUUUGACAGUUUAGUAUUCUUACCCAAACCCAAUUUCUUCAGAAAAUCACGGGUUAAGAAGGUGAUUCGAGAUGGGUUGAUCAAAGUAGAUUAUUGGUAUGGAAUCCAGGAUAUGCUUACAAGAAACGGUUGUGAAGUUUACGUGGGGAAGGUUCCACCAUUUGGAACCAUUCAUGACCGAGCCGAAAGCUUGAAUAAGUAUCUAGAAUCACAAUUCGAACCCAAUGACUCGGAGACUACCGUUGUAAACUUGGUGGCACAUUCCAUGGGUGGUCUUGAUGCCAGAUACUUGAUUUCCAAACUUCACAAAUCAAACUAUCGAGUGGCUUCACUAACUACUGUGUCUACACCUCAUCGCGGGUCUGAGGUUGCUGACUACGUUCUGGUACACAUGAAACCAGCACUCCUCCUUUUCCAAGCGGUUCCCCAGCUCACCACUGACUACAUCUCCAAGUUCAACUCGGAGGUGGUGAAUGACCCUAAUGUGGCGUACUUUUCGUAUGGUGCUCAAUUCCAGCCAAAAUGGUUCAACAUGUUCAGAUACCCUUCUCGAAUUAUUACAAAGACUAUCAAGAGCCAGAAUAUAUUAAAUGGUACAGAUAAAAGUUAUGUUAAUGAUGGUCUUGUAAGUGUGGAAAGUGCCAAGUGGGGCGAAUAUUUAGGUACUUUGGACAACGUCGACCAUUUAGACCUUAUCAACUGGACCAACCGAGCAAGAAUUCUCGUGGACAGAGUGAUGUUCCAGCACAAACCGACCUUUAAUGCAUUGGCUUUCUAUGCUCAUAUUGCCCAGAGUUUAUCCGAAAGAGGGUUCUGA